UGUCCGAUAUGGCGUUAUCUUUCAUGGUUGGUUGUAUGAUGACGCCUCCUAGUGGGACGGUACCAUUCUAACAAGGGGUGUGGCGUGACUUCAGGGAUGGCACGGAAGUAAAUAUCUGUUAGCUGUGUGAAUGGGUAGCUGGAUGUGCAGGCUCUGCCAAAAACAGGAGUUAUUAACCCGUGGUGAUUUAACGUUAUAAAUAACGAUGUCUCCCGAUGAGCUGGUGUACUUAGGAGUCCUUGCUGCCUCCAUCCCUGUUGGAUUCCUCUUCCGUUACCUCAGUCCUCCGGUGAAGCAGGGGGCCUCUCUUCUUCUGGGCCUCUCUAUCGCCAUCGUCACCUGUCACAUCCACACCCUCCACUCUCUGGUGACGGUGAUUGGAACAUGGAUUAUAAUAAGGAGCAGCUGGCGGCAUGCCCCAGCAUUGUGUCUCAGCUGGAGCUUUCUCUACCUCCUCUUCUUCCGGCUGGUCACGUGGUUCGGUCUGCCAUCACCGACACCUUUUGCCAACGCCAUCCAGCUGCUUCUCACUCUCAAGAUGGUGAGUCUGGCGAACGAGGUGAAAAGCUUCCACAUGGAGAAGAAGAAGGACGUGAGCUCUUUUGCCAAGUCUCCCGUCAUUGGUGGUCUAUCUCAGGAGCCCUCCCUCUACGAUAUUCUGUCCUAUAGCUACUGCUAUGCCGGUAUAAUGACCGGUCCGUUCUUCCGCUUCCAAACGUACAUUGACUGGCUGAAGCAGCCGAGCCCGCAGGUCCUGCCCGGCUGGGUGCCGUGUCUGCAGCGUCUGAAGCUGGUUCCUCUCUACGGCGCUCUGUUCCUGUCUGUUAACUCCGUCUUCCCACUGGCCUACGUUCGGACCGAGGAGUUCCUGGAUGAAAACUUUUUCUUUAGGGCUUUCUACAUGAUAGCAGUGUUCUUCGUGUUUAGGAUGCGUUUCUAUGCAGCGUGGUGCGGAGCUGAGGCUGGAUUUAUCAGUGCAGGUUUGGGCUGCUAUCCAGAAAAUGCGCUGUCCAAACCUGGAGGAGGACCCACCGUCAACUACAGUCCCGAUCCCACCGCUGAAGAGAAAUAUGACUUCAAAACCAUCCAGAACAUCGAUUGCUACAACACUGACUUCUGUGUGAAGGUCCGGCAUGGCAUGCGUUACUGGAACAUGACAGUGCAGUGGUGGCUCCAUCACUACAUCUACCCCAAUGCCCCCUUCAAAGCCUACGCUCUCAGGGCCGGCUGGACCAUGUUCAUCAGCGCCUACUGGCACGGACUACAUGCCGGCUACUACCUCUCCUUCCUCACCAUCCCCCUGUGCAUCGCAGCCGAGUCUGCCAUGGAGGCGUCUGUCCGAGCUAAACUGGGUCCUUUUGGACAGAACAUCUUCGACUGGGUUCACUGGUUCUUGAAGAUGAGGGCCUACGACUACAUGUGCAUGGGCUUCGUCCUGCUCAAGGCCUCCGACACCAUCAACUACUGGACGUCCAUCUACUUCAGCAUGCACAUCAUCGCCGUUUGCUGUAUUAUAGUCGGCAGGGCUCUGAAGGGAGGGAAAAGGGAAGGAAGGAGAGGGGACAAGGAGGAGAAAAGAGAGGGAGAGAAGAUAGAAAAUGUGAAAACUGGAGAAAAAACAGACUGAAUGGAGGUACAGAAAAGAACUGGGUGGAGUUUUUUUAGGGGGGGACAUGAGGAGUUGUUACUUCAAGACUAGAAUUUCAAACAUCCAUCGCACCAACACUCGUCUUUCAAGCAACAAACGUCACACGGGUCCUUUAAAACCUCUUGUGGGGAAAAUGUACAAGUUAUUAAAAAAAAGCAUUAAAUCAGACAAAAGUGUGACAAGUAAAAUCUGGCAAACGACUUUCCGUUUAUGUCGACAUCUAAAGUACUGUGAACACUGGGAGAGGGAUGUUUGAGCUCAAUGAAUGUUACUUUUGUAGUGUGAUUGGCUUUGGGAUGUAUUUAGUUCACUCCCCUCAUCUGAGCGUCUGCCGGUACACUUGUGCGUUUUUAUUUCACGAUACCUUUCCACGUUUAAUUGAACUGUAUUGCCGGGUAAAAUGAGGAUGUUGAAAUGUCAAGAUGCUGUUUUAAAGACAGGCAGGAGGGCGAUGCAAACAACAACCAACUUAAGCCUCAUAAUGGUCUUAUAAAUAUUUAACAGAAGCGAUUGAAUGGGAUUAAAUUAAGUUUCCAUAACCAACAAAACCUUCCAGCAGCACUCAGUAUAAUGUUACAGCACGUUUAUACUGAAUAAUGGGAAAAAACAUUAUGAUGGCGUCCACAUUUGUGUGUGAGCAUUGUCUUAAAUUAAGAAAUAUAUAUUUAACGGAACAGAAAUAAUCCUGAUUCUAUUUGCCGUCUUAAAUCAGCCCCUUGGCCUAAAUAAGAUUAUGUUUUUGUCAUACUUAACUGCAGAACAAGUACAAUGCCAAACGUACUGUAAAACUAAUCAUCGGUUGAAUGGAGCAAAGCAAAGUCCAGAUUACAUUUGUAUGGCUGCCUAAUUACAUUAAAUGUUAUAGAUUAAUUUGUUCAGCAUGGUAAUGUUCAUGUGGGCUGAAGAUUUCUGUGCUUUGGUUUACUCACAACAUGUCUUUUCCUUACUGUUGUUCUGCCUGUAACUGUGAGCACAUCAGGAACAUCUGCACUGACCUCUGUCCGAAGAGCGUCAUGUGUAAGAUAGCAACAGUCCGUUCACUGCCAACAUGUCUGUACUGCCAUCGUGGACCAUUCAGGGUUGGGACCAAACAUUUGAUACAAAAAGUUGCAAGUUUCACAUAAUGACUAUAAGCAGCCAACGUCAUGAAUAACAGCACAGCUAGGGCUGGGUGAUAUGGUUUAAAAUAUUGCUACAGCGUUAACUAGAAGGGCAAUCGGGGCGCGUGUACACCUGCUACACCCUUUCACAGAGUGUCAUGUAGGGGCCCGUAGCUUUUCUGUAAUCCUGCUGACAAAUCAACAAACCGAACUGAAAACAUAACGUUUAUUUAUAUGUGUCACAAUAUGAAAAAUGUAUGCAAAUUAAAUACAAAGUGAAUACAAAGCAAUACGCUGUCCCGAUGUCAUGUAUUCAAUGUGACCACAUGUUGCUUAAAAUUAGAGCUUGCCCUGAAACAUUUAUUCUGACGGCAGAAACGUCCAGAACGAUAACAUGUUAUGAUAAUAAAGUUGAUAAAUGAUGAUAUUGAAUUACCGCCCGGCCCUAACCUCGUUAAACUGUGAACAGUUGGAAAACACGUUGAGAGUUUUUCCACUCGUUCCCGUCUCAAACUGUGUGAUAACUACUGCGUCUGUUUUCUACGAGCACGUUUUGUUCUCCACGUGAAACCGAGAUGAUUUGUUUUCCAAAUGUUUUUUGUGUGAUGCCUUUACCCUCUCUGUGCCAAAACCCAACUUUGUUUUUGUUUGUAUUAUUGCACAGUAAUGAUUGUGACUUCUAGUCCUCCAGACUAUUUAUUUCUUUUGCCUUUUGUCUCUUUAGCUUCACAUACUGCACCAACUGUAACACUCCCUGCCCUGUGACAGUGUUACUUGUGGAAUACAUAUCAGUAUGUCCUCA